AUGGGCUCUGACCAUGCGAGGGAUCCGUUUGGUCUCAACUCGUUCCUCAUGAGCCCUUUUGACAGCGCCUGGGAGUUCUCCCACUCCAUUCCCGAGGAGGCACCCAAAAAGACCGAGCGUCCAGCAAAGAGCAUGUCGCGUCGGUCCAGCUCCAGCAACCUCCUUCGCCGACCAUCGCCACUCGCCCAGCCUCCUGUGCUCGCCGACGCCGACGCCGACGCCGAGGCCAAGGCCGACGACAGCACCGAGGUGAUCGACGACGAGGACAGCGCCGUGGCGUCCGAUGUGGCUGAGGACAAUUCCCCUCGCAGGCCCAACUCUAUGGGUUCCAAGGGUCUGAGGGCGCUCAUCGCCCGCAAGUCGACUCUCGUGACAGAGGCUUCUGCGGCGCCUGUAGUCACGGUUUCAGCCGCCGACGACCUGGAGCCCAACUCGGGACCCGCCAUCUGCGAGUCUCCCAUCUCGUCGGCGCCCCAGUCACCCAUCAUUGACAAUGUCUCGCGCAUGGCCGGCUCACGGUCAGACUCCAUGUGCUCGGCCAUGUCGUCUGGCUCGUCCACCGACGGCUCUUGCGACGAUGGCAUCCAGACACCUGGCGACCUUCCUCCUCCUGGACCCGUCGACGUUUCAGCUGCGUCGGUCCGCCUAGUCGCGGCCCUCAACGAGGACCGCAGCAGGCCAAAGUCGACAUGGCGCGACUGGCUCAACGGCCGCCGCUCGUCGUUCCUGGGUAUCCGUUCCGAGAGUGGCACUACGCUCCUCGAGUCGCCCCGCGAGUCCGUCUUGGACCUUGGCCCCGAGAUUCCAGAGGCCGAGAACUCGCCCACCGACAACAGCGACGCUGCCCACGCUGCUGCCCAGCUCCGUCGCUUGUCGCUGCAAAAGCUCGGUGCGCUCCGCAUGCCCUCGCCUCACCCAUUGCAACUGCUGCUCACUCGCCAACACGUCAACCUCCCGGACGAAGUGGCAUUCUCAAUCCCGGCCACCAAGCGCGUGUUCCCCAUGUCGGUUAACACUGUCCAGCGUGGCUCGACCGAGUUUGCAGCUGCCCACGGCAGCCUGCGUGUCGCUCUUGCUGUCCGCAACGUCGUUGUUCACAUUGACCGUGGCGAGCGUCCCACCGACGCCUGGGUCCCCAAGAAGGCCUCGUCGUCCAGCAACAUUCUUCGUCCUCGCGGUGUGCGCGACUUUGUUGCUCGCCAGCCCUUUGAGGAGCGCAUGGUCACCUUCUUCCCUGAUGAACGUGUCACGCACGUCAGCAUGGCCCGCCGUGGCUUUGCCAUUUACGAGCUCGAGUUCUCCGACUACAUCAUGGCCCUUUCCGAGUCCGAGGACGCGCCGAUCACUUGGUCGCUCAGCAAGAAAUCCAACCGCUCGACGUCUUCCUCGUCGCUCUUGCCACCGCCUCGCGCUGCGCCGACCAAGGUCACCAAGGUCGAUGUCCUCGCUGACCAGAAACGUGCCAGACGUGCGUCGCGCGAACUGGUCGACAAGCGCCGCUCGAUGGCUCCUCCUCAGCUGCCCGACAUUAAGCGUCAAUCGGUCAUGUCCAUCGCCCCGAUUGCUGCCGCCGCCCCGGCCAAGUCGUCGUUCCGUGCCACCAAGCCCAAGGCCGCAGCAACGUGGGAUGACAGUUCAGACGAAGAGGACGACGCCGAGGCGUCCAAGCCUUCCGCCACUCGCCCUGGUCGUCCCCCUGCUGCUCGCACGCAAUCGGCGCCAGUCGCCCGUGCCCGCCAGUCCGUCAUGAUGGACAGUGACGCCGCACUGGACCACAUUGCGCGUGCUCGCGAGCGUCGUGCCCAGUUCGAGGCCGGCGAGUGUGAGCGCAAGGCCGAGAGCAAGCGCAUGAGCGUCAUGCCCAGUGCUCGUGGUUUUGCAAGUGGCAAACCUCCAGCAGCAAAGGAUGCGCCUCUUUCCAGCCGUGCCUCGUCCAGGUCGUUGGCGGCCGCCAAGGCUGAGCGUCCGCAGCCGACCAGGAAGGCGUCCAGCUCUACCCUGGCUGGCAUGGCUGGCGAGCAAACCCCGCGCAAGCAGCGCACACCCACCUCGUUGCCUUCGUCGCCCCGCUCGGGCCUGCAACCCGACCGCCGCCGCGUCGUGUCCCAGUACGAGAUGGCCGCGGCGUCGAUGCAGCCCCGCGCAAGCAUGAUGGGCAUGGCUGGCAUGUACGGUGCCGGCGUCCCCCAGGUGCCCCUCAUCCCCGCCAUGCCUGUCAUGCCUGCCUAUUCGCCCGCAGUCAUGCACCGUGGGUCCAUGGCAUUCCCCCCAGCCAUGCCUACCAUGACCCCGAUGAUGGGCAUGAACGGCAUGAACGGUAUGCAAUACCACCCUCAAUUUGCUGGCAUGCACUCGCCUCAGUUUGCCGGCAUGCACUCGCCCCAGCUGCCGCAAAUGUACCUGCCCCCACCGAUUCCUGGAACCGGUCGCCGUAGGGAGCGCCCAGUGAGCUAG